AUGACCAAUAAUGAAGAAAAGCCUCCCCCACCAAAGUAUCUUGGCUUUGUUGCGGGAAUGUUCUCGGGAGUUACUAAGAAUGCCGUGGGCCAUCCAUUCGACACGGUGAAAGUAAGACUUCAAACUUCAGAAGGCAGAUUCAAGGGUCCCAUGGACUGUGUCUGGCAGACUUUCAAAGCAGAAGGCAUCAAAGGUUUUUACAAAGGUUUUACUCCUCCCUUGGUGGGGUGGGUGCUCAUGGAUUCCGUCAUGUUGGGAUCUCUUCACUUGUAUAGAAGAUUGUUGAAGGAAAACGUCUACCAUGACGAGAAAAAGUUGCCAUUGUCUGGUCACAUUAUGGCAGGUUUGGGUAGUGGCUGGACAGUCUCGUUUGUAGCUGCGCCAAUCGAACAAUUCAAGGCCAGACUCCAGGUGCAAUACGAUGCCAAAUCUAGAAUAUACUCUGGUCCUAUUGACGUCGCUAAGAAGUUAUGGAAGAUUUCACCAUUGACAUGGUACACUGGACUCUUUGGAACCAUGGUGUUUAGAACUAACUUCAUCUUUUGGUGGGGUUCCUAUGAGGUGUUUACCAACUGGUUCUCGGAAAAUACCAAGUUGUCAAAACCUUCCAUCAACUUUUGGGCAGGCGGUUUAUCCGCUACUGUUUUCUGGAUCUUUGCAUACCCUGCCGAUGUUGUCAAGCAAGUCAUCAUGACUGAUAGUCCUAUUAAGUCUGAGAAGAAGUUUCCACAUUACAUGGAUGCUGUCAGAUACAUUUAUAGAGAAAGAGGCUGGAGAGGUUUCACCAGAGGUUUUGGACCCUCCAUUUUGCGUUCAUUCCCAGCUAAUGCUGCUGCCUUAGCUGCAUUUGAGGCCGUCAUGCGUUUCUUGCACUGA